UCUGUCGGUGGGGCCUGCUGGCGCCCGGCUGAGUUUCAACACUGAGAGCGGCUUCGUCCCUCAGCGCGCCCGCGGGUGCCUUAGUUCGGUUGCCCGUCGCUGAGGGUGACUGUGUCGCGGCGGUUUGAUGCCCCGGGGCUCCCCCGCGGGCUAGGCCGAGUUCUCUGGGGCGGGCAGGUUUUUAUCUCGUUUCUUGGUAAAGAUGGCAGCCAACAAUGCAGUGCUGAACAGACUGGAGCAGAAGGGUGCAGAGGCUGAUCAAGUUAUUGAAUACCUCAAGCAGCAAGUUGCUCUGCUCAAGGAGAAAGCUAUCUUGCAGGCAUCUCUUCGAGAAGAGAAGAAGCUUCGUGUGGAAAAUGCCAAAUUGAAGAAAGAAAUUGAAGGGCUGAAACAGGAGCUGAUACAGGCAGAAAUUCGAAAUGGAGUGAAACAGGUCGCAGUUCCUUCUGGUACAACUGUUUCUACAGCUUCGUUUUCAGAUGAUGUUCCACAACAUACAACAGUCGCAUCAUCUGGUUCCAAAGAUCAAGUUAAAGGUGAAGAUGAAGAUAAGAAAAAGAAGGAAAAAGCAGAAAAAAAAGUUGAAAAGAAGGAGAAGAAACAGCAGCCAGCUGCUGGAAGUAGUGAUGCUCGAGUAGAUGUUUCUCGUCUGGAUCUUCGUGUUGGCUGCAUCAUUACUGCCAAAAAACAUCCAGAUGCAGACAGUCUGUAUGUUGAAGAAGUGGAUGUUGGUGAAGCAAGCCCAAGGACUGUUGUCAGUGGUUUAGUGAAACAUGUUCCUCUGGAUCAGAUGCAGAAUCGGAUGGCAAUACUACUCUGUAACUUGAAGCCUGCAAAGAUGAGAGGGGUAGUAUCGCAAGCAAUGGUGAUGUGUGCCAGUUCCCCAGAAAAAGUGGAAAUUCUGGCUCCCCCGCCCGGGGCAGUACCUGGGGAUAGAAUCACUUUUGAAGGUUUUCCUGGAGAUCCUGAGAAGGAACUUAAUCCCAAGAAGAAGAUUUGGGAGCAAAUCCAACCUGAUCUUCAUACCAAUGACCAGUGUGUUGCUACGUACAAAGGAGUUCCAUUUGAAGUGAAAGGGAAAGGAGUCUGCAGGGCAGAGACCAUGGCAAACAGUGGAAUUAAAUAAAUAAAUGGUUAUUAGAAGCUUUUUCAGAUGUUGAAAUGGAAAGUAAUGCAAGCACAAUAAAACCCAUGAAUAUAUUACUCCUCUGAAAUGCAUGGUUAAUACCUUUUUUGUUUGAGUCCUCUUCCAGAGGUACAGAAUGUGUUAUGGCUCCGACAUUUUCACCGUUCACUCAUUCACCAUGCUUACUGUCUUUGAGGUUAAGUGUUGUCAACAGUCAUUAACCAUUCAAUGCUCAAGGCUUAAUUGCCAAGGCUUGUUCAUGAUAGAACUACAGGCAGGCACGCAUAUUUUCUGGACAGCUAAAAGGUUUAGAGGAUCUAUGGAGCAAGAGCAUCUCAAAAAGGAAAAAUUUCUGCGAUGUUUCUUGUGUGCUAACUGCUGUUCAAGAGGUGCAGAACGAGCAGUUGGUUGGUGACAACUACAAUCAUCUGCAUUCUUCUAGUCACCUUUUAAUAGUUUUUCUCCUCUUCUUCCAGUCCGUUUGCAGGUAUAUUAUAAGCCUGUGCAACUUUGUUCUUGGCUAUGUUGUCUCAGAAGUCUGCAGACAGUUGUAAUGGGAAGAUUAAACUAUGGCCAUUUAUGCCCGAAGAUGCAUAAAUAGACAUACUGUUUUAAUGUCAAUAAGAUCAAAACUGUCAUUUUGCUAAAAUAGUUCUUCAUCUAGUCCACCUAGAUAUUUCCUUCCAAAUGAUAGAUAGUACAAAGAAAGAAUGAAUAGCAAAUAGAUUGCCAGAGCUAGUCAAAUACUACCAAAAAAAAAAUCCGAUUCCAAUGCCCACACAAGUAUAAAGUCAAUUCAUUUUAUGUUUUAAUGUAUUUUUAUGCAAUGAUAUUUUAUACAAAAGAUGCUUUGGUUAUAACAGAAAUAGCUUUUUCAGUUUCUACAAUUAGAGUUAUUCCAUAAUAAUGUAGUACAAGUAGUCAUGGUUGCUAUGGUAAUAGCCUCAAAUUACUUCUUUUAAUUCCUGCCUUUUAAUAAUCUGAAAAUAACUAUUUCAGAUCAAUAAACCUUUUAAGUAACUAUUUAGAGAUACUUCAGAUAUUUUGGUAUAUAAUAUUUAAGUGGUUGCUGUCUAACCACUGAAACAGUAAGUGCUUUUUUAACCACUGAAAUAAAAAAACUUAGCCACUUUGAAUUUUGUAG